AUGGAUCUCGGGGGAACAGUUUUGGAAAUCCUAGAAAAAUACCCACGUCUCCUGGAAGAUGGAAAGAUAGAUAAUGAAAUCCAGAACUUGAAAGCCCUGACGAUGUCUUGGAGUAAAACGAUCCAUGAUAUUCUAAUCGCGGUAAACGGCAGAUUCAGAGGACACAAAUGCAAUCCUGUUCUCUCCAUCAGCAAAGAAAUACAUAAUGCCCUCAAAGAGCCCAUCAUGCCAAAUCCUUUACCUCUUACACUAGAGAAACUGGGGACACAAAUACUAAAAUCCAAGCUGGCACAAUCAUCAGAUGGUAUUUCCACUACUUUUAAGACUGGUGGACAGUUCAUUCUGCAGCAACUGGUGGCAGUCUGCAUUCCCAAACCACGUCGAACCAGCGAGGAGGCAUCUUCAUCUGCCAAAAGGCGUAGAACACGUGUUCUGCAGACAGCUAGAGACAUCAUCAGUGGGGGCUCAGUUCAAGUUCAGUUAGCUCAUGAAAUCAAAUUGCAGAAAGACCACAAAGAGCUUCAACAAGAGCUUAGCAGUCUGCAGCAUAUCAGGAUUCCCCAGGGUGAUCUCCUUUCACUUAAGGCAAACAUGUGUUUUAGCUGGAAAAGAAACAGAGAGUUAAAAUGCUGGCUCCAACAGUAUGGAAUCCACACAGAGUACGAAGCAAAGCUACGUUCUCAACAGAAGGCAGUUAUUAACGACAACAUAAUUGCAGAGUACUUGCCAUUUACAUUUCCCGAUGAAGUUAACGGUGGGUUUGUCGUGAAAAAUGCUGCAUGCGUUGCAGUCAGGUCGCUCCAUGACAAGGUGAUACAGCAGCUGCAAGAGAAUGAAGAUGCUGGAAAACUGACUUGGCACGAAGGAUUGAUUCCCCAGGGUAAAGUUUGGAUAAAGAUAGGAGGAGACAAAGGAGGUGGCACAUUCAAGCAAAUGCUUCAAAUUGGAAAUGUUCAACAUCCCAACUCACUAUCCAACACUUCAGUAAUAACCAUCUUUGAGGCAUCAGACACAAUUCACAACAUCAAACUUGGCCUCUUACGUCACCAGCAGCAAGUGAAGGAGCUUAUGGAGUCAACAUGGAGGGGACAUACCUUUGACAUCUUAUUCGGAGAUUACGAAUACCUCUGUCGCAUGUAUGGCAUCAGCGGAGCUUCAGGUCGCCACUGUUGCCUAUAUUGCGAUAUCACUAAGGAAGACAUGCAGCUCAAGCAUUCCAAGCGAAGACCAGUUCAUCAGCGGACCCUUGACAGCAUGAAAAGGGACCUGGACAACUUUGUAGCAAGUGGGGCUGAUCCAAGGAAUGCCAAAAUGUACAACAAUGUUGUCAGAGCUCCAAUCCUUCCUAUCCCUCUUACCCAUGUAUGUCCUCCUGGCUUACACAUAAGUCUGGGACUUUUCCUGAAGCACUUCAACAGCUUAGAGGCUGCCUGUAGUGAGCUUGACAUGAAGGUUGCAUCGACCCUCGCAAGGAGCGAAAAGGGACAAGGGGAGAAGGAGCUGGGUAGGUGUUGCCAAGAGUACAUCCAGGCACUCAGAGCAGCCACUCACCUGGAAGAGCAAGCAGCUUCCUGGCGCACAAAUGCAGAACAUCUGCAGGAACAGCUGACUGCUACACUGAUAGAAGUUGGUGAUAAUGAUCACCCACUAGUGGAGCUCCUGUCUGAGUCAGUACAGGAAAGUACACAGAAAAGUAAAGAAUUGACGUCUCAAGCAUCACAACUAAGGAAAGAUGCAAAACUGACACCUGGACAAGGCCCUUUGACCAGUGCCCUAGACUCAUUCCUCCAAGAGUUCAAAGUUCAGCGUCAAGUGUACCACAACAAGUCAUUCGUAGGAAAUCAUGUACACAAAUGCUGCAAGACUGAGAACAUCUACAAAUUAACAAGUGCAGUUGUAAAGACUGUGAAGCAAGUCUGUCCAACCUCUCCCGCAAGACUACGAGAAGCAGAGAGCCUUGCUGCCAAGUACAGCAAGCUUUUCCAUGCAUUUGCCAGUUGCCACAAUUUAUACAACUUGGCCAGGGAGAUGGAGGAGGAAGACAUCAACACACUUGAAAACAACAUUGCCGAGUACCUUGCAUUCUGCCGAGAAGAAUUCCCCAAAGAAUCCAUCCCCCCGAAGAUGCACAUUUUGGAGAGCCACGUUGUUCCUUGGAUUCGAAGAUGGAGAGUUGGGCUGGGAUUCCAUGGCGAACAAGGGGGGGAAUCAGUUCACGCACGUCUGAACAACAUCCGUUCCAAUAUCAGAGGUAUCAGGGAAGCAACAGACAUCCUAAAAGCAGUGAUUGAGACGCACUGGAUCCAGACAAGUCCCGCAACAAGAGGAGACCACUGA